AUGAUUUCAGGAUAUACUGCUGGAAAACAUUACAAUGAUAAAGGCAGUGCUUCGAAUAACAUUUGUCUACUCUCUGAUCCAACAUGGUUACACUAUGUAGAUGGUAAUCAGUCAUAUAGGGCCAUUGUUUAUGGUACAGAAACUGACAUUCCAACAAAUCCUUUCUUCAAGUAUGAUAUAGAUCAACAAGACAUGCCUUGUGCUGUAUGCAGAUCAGACAGGUCCACGACUCUUAUGAUACCAGCCCGUAAAAACUGCUACCCGGGAUGGACAUUAGAAUAUUAUGGAUACCUCGUUAGUGCUGCAGCUACCCACUAUUACGGAUAUGAAAAUGUUUGUUUAGACGGAGAGCCCGACUUUCUAGAUCAUGGUGCAAAAAGUGACGAUGAGCAUGUUUUCCAUCUGGUUGAAGGUCACUGUGGAUCACUUCCUUGUCCACCAUACGUCGAUGGGCGUGAAUUCGCCUGUGUCGUAUGCUCUAAAUAG